GGCUCACUGAAUUAGGUUACUAUUAGGACACUAACUCUAUCCGCCUCACAGAGUCAAACAAAUCAAAAGAGUAAAGUAGUCUGAGACGGUUGCCAAAAGAAAAAAAGAAAAAGAAUAGUCUCAGACGUGUAAAUAUCAUGGACACGACAGUGACUCGCUCAAUUCCUCGUUGGCAAGUGAUCUUUGCCUGCUGCUGUUUCAUCCUAGUAUUAUCCGAUGAGCUGUUUAGCUUUAUCCAGGAUGCGGUGCUCCGCCCCCAAACACCAGUGUUCCAGAUCGACUCGGCCGUCCUGACCCAACUUGAUGUGACUGCCGGCCCCGAGUUAACCGCCACGUUGGACUUGACGGUCCUCGUUAUCAACCCCAACGUAAAGCUGGGUCUCGACUUUCACAGCAUCGAAGCCAUGCUGUUUUACAAGAUGAUGAAUAAGGAUGACCCACGCGAGAUACUCUUGCUUGCAGCGAAGCCGGUGAGUCCUCCCUUUUAUGUGACUUCGAGGAACCAAACCGUUGUUAGUUUCAAACUCUCAACAACCAGCAAUACGUUCGUCGACCAAGAUAAAGUGGCCAAGCCAAUUUCAGAAGCCAAGGCUCGCCCCGGCGGUACGGUUAGGUUUCAGAUCAGGAUGUUGGCUUGGUGGAAUUAUAGACGUGUCUGGUUUAAUAUCGGAGGUUUACGUUUUUCCAAGGUCCUCUGCAGUCUGCUCGAAUUCGUGUUUGAUGACCCAAUUACUGAGACCGGGACUUUAACGGUUAAUUCCAGCCGGGCAUGCGAGGAGGACUAUACUAAGUUUUCUCAAUAUUAAUCGAUACAAUAUCUUAUUGAUAUUGACGAUAUCACUCUACCUUUCACGUACCUGUUAUUAAUUAGUAUAGUAUUAUCUAAUA